CAGCAAUUGUGCUUCCCUUCUUCGUUGAUAUUAAACCACAAUUCUCCAAAUGUAAACAAUCUUGUUUAGUAUUCCCAUUUCCACUACGAGGCUUAUGACCUUUACAUAUCUUUAGAAUUUAUUCAUUGCCUUUCGUGUACAACAUAUUCUUAAUAUAAGUAUGUGUUUUCUUCUCUUACUGUCUUUUUUUCAAUUUGUUCUUUCCUUGUCUUUUAUUAAUUGAAACACCAAUUUCUCAAUAUAUAUCACAUUCGAUUGUUUUUUUCCCCAUAAUGCCUCCUCAUUUUUUCAACUCUUCAAUGUAUUCUUCUGAUGAUGACUAUGAUGACUAUGACACCAGAAAUAGAGAUAGAAACAGAGAUAGAAAUAGAAACAGAAAUAUUUUUCCUGGUUCAUUCGACAAUAUGAAUUAUGGUUAUUACUCAGAUUCCCAUUCUGAUUACUCAACUGAAUCCAAUCUUCAACAAAACUACAACAGCUUUAUUCAAAAAUACUUUUACGUAAAUCCAAUCGAUACAUCUGAUGAUUCAAAUGAUACCGAUUCAGAACGAAUAAUAAAACAAAAAAAACCUCAAAAGGUUCAUUACGAUCCUGUUAGAGUGUCUGUUUAUGAUGAUGAUUCAAAUCAAACCUUUCAAUUUCCUUAUGAAGCCGUUAAAACAUGGCCAACUUUUCAAUUAGCUAUUCAAGCUGCUUUUCCUAAUUACUCGUCUCAAAUUAAAAAAGUCCAAUUGGAUCUAAUUGACCUAGAUGAUAACACUGCCUUUAUACCUUCUUUAUUUGACUGUUUUAUUAAACCAGGUGCUAAAAUCUCAGUCAAAUUCAAAUUUCCAUUAAAACCGGGAAAUGAGCUUUCUUUAACUGAGCAAUUACAAAAACAAAUAAAUCUAUUACAAUUACAAAAUGCAGCACAGUCAAAACAACAAAAACAAUCAAGAAAAUCAAAACCUUUAUUUUCCUUUUCCAAAUCAAAAAAAAAUCAACUUCACACAAAAAAAGUUAACAAACUCGCUACUCAAAAUGAUACUCAAAGCGAAAGUGAAAACGACAAUGAAAACAACAAUAUUUUACCUGGCUCAUUACCCCCAGGCCUAUUCGAAAACUCUGAUGCAAAACUCUCCGAAAGUGAUAAUCAAAAACUUGAAACUUUAAAUUCUCCAAAGGAAUCAAAAGAAUCAAAGGAAUCAAACACUUUAAAUUCUAAAAAAACAAAUAAACCAAAAUCUUCUGGCCGUCAUUUUGGUUUAAGUAGAAAAACAUUAUCUUGGAUUGCUCAAUGACCAACAAUCUUAGUAUUAUUCCCUUUUAAUUUUUGUAGUUUUCUUUUUUUUUUUCAUGUUUCUCAUGUCUUUUGUCUGUCUUUAAUUUUUUUUAUUUUUGGGCUCAUUUUUUCACGUUUAUCUAUAUUAUUCCUCUUAUCUACUUUUUCAUUUUUAGCAUUUUAAUUAGUAU